ACUUGCCCUAAGGAACGAGAAGGCGACGCACUGCGUCACGCCACGCCUGCCCCUCCUCUCGGCCCCUCAGUACGCGGGGGCGCGCUCUUUUCCCCAAAUCGCUCUCCAGCUCCCCAGGCUCCUCUCCUCCCUCGUCCCGCGAGUGCCCUGUGCGCGCGCGCGCGCUCUCCCACCGCCCCGCCCCCAUGCCCUCCUCUCCCCUCCCCCGCGGCUGUCUUCACGCAAGGGCUGCGCCCGUGGCCUCGGCCUCUUCUUUCCGGGUUGGAGCCGCUCUUCCUCCGGCCCUUCCGUAGCUGCUGUCACCCUCAAGGCUCGGGGCUCGGUCACCCUUUGCCCCACCCCACCUUUCACUCCAUGGGAGUCGGCUCCUCCCCGCACCGCUGGGCCGGGAUGCGUCGCCGGUGAAGCUCCACGGAGAGGGAGCCGAGCCGCUUUCCGGAACUUCCCAGCCUGGUGAAAAUUAUUAUUUCAGCUUCUGCAUAUGAAAUCUGCAUAGAACCUAAAAUAUUCCUCUAUUCUGGACCUAUGGAUGAGUGCCAACUUCUGAGUUUCUUUUGGGGAUCCUGUGAUUUCACAUGUUGGGUAAAUGUUUUCUAGACAAACUGGCAGCCUGGCAUAAAGUGCUUUAACAAAUAAUGCUAAGAAUUAAGAUCCUUCAAAGAGUUAAAACACCUUACUGAGGACACCUGACCUUUAGAAGCAUCAUAAUUCAUAUCUAGAUGUCACCAGUGUUUCCCAUGUUAACAGUUCUGACUAUGUUUUAUUAUAUAUGCCUUCGGCGCCGAGCCAGGACGGCUACAAGAGGAGAAAUGAUGAACAGCCGUAGAACUAUUGAAUCAAACAGCCGAACUUUACCUAUUAAUUCAGAAGUAGUCCAGUAUGCCAAAGAAGUAUUGGAUUUCAGUUCCCAUUAUGGCAGUGAAAACAGUAUGUCAUACACCAUGUGGAAUUUGGCAGGCAUACCAAAUGUAUACCCAAGUUCCGGGGACUUUACUCAGGCCGCUGUAUUUCGGACUUAUGGAACAUGGUGGAAUCAGUGUCCCAGUGCUUCCUUGCCGUUCAGGAGAACUCCACAAAACUUUCAGAGCCAGGACUAUGUAGAACUUGCUUUUGAAGAACCAGUAUAUCCUACAGCUGUUCAUGUUCUGGAAACUUAUCAUCCUGGGGCAAUCAUUAGAAUUCUGGCUUGUUCUGCAAAUCCUUAUUCCCCAAAUCCACCAGCUGAAGUAAGAUGGGAAAUUCUUUGGUCAGAGAGACCUACAAAGGUGAAUACUCCCCAGGCUCGCCAGUUUAAACCUUAUAUCAAACAGAUAAAUUUUCCUUCAAAUCUUAUUCGACUGGAAGUAAAUAGCACUCUUCUGGACUAUUACACUGAAUUAGAUGCAGUUGUGCUACAUGGUGUGAAGGACAGACCUGUACUUAAGACUUCACUCAUUGACAUGAAUGAUCUGGAUGAAGAGGAUUAUGAAGAGAAAGACGUCUGUGGAAUGGAGGCUCUUAGUAAACAGUUCAACAGUGCUGCCCUCAGGGAGUGGACAAACAAUGGCUAUUUUGAUAAACUACCUUAUGAGCUGAUCCAGUUGAUUUUGACUCAUCUUACACUACCUGACCUAUGUAGAUUAGCACAAACUUGUAAGCUACUCUACCAACAUUGCUGUGAUCCUCUACAGUAUACUCACCUCAAUUUGCAACCCUACUGGGCAAAGCUGAAUGACACAUCUCUGGAAUACCUACAGUCUCGUUGCACACUAGUCCAAUGGCUGAAUUUAUCUUGGACUGGAAAUAGAGGCUUCAUCUCUGUUUCGGGAUUUGGCAGGUUCCUGAAAAUUUGUGGAUCUGAAUUAGUACGCCUUGAAUUGGCUUGUGGCCACUUCCUCAAUGAAACUUGUUUGGAGAUUAUUUCUGAAAUGUGUCCAAAUCUUCAGGAAUUAAAUCUCUCCUCCUGUGAUAAGUUGCCACCCCAGGCUUUCAACCACAUUGCCAAAUUGUGUGGCCUUAAGCGACUUGUUCUUUAUCGAACAAAAGUAGAGCAAACAGCGCUGCUCAGCAUUUUGAACUUCUGUUCAGAGCUUCAGCACCUCAGUCUGGGGAGCUGUGUAAUGAUUGAAGACUAUGAUGUGAUAGCUAGUAUGAUAGGAGCCAAAUGCAAGAAACUCCGUACCCUGGAUCUUUGGAGAUGCAAGAAUAUUACUGAAAAUGGUAUAGCAGAACUGGCUUCUGGAUGUCAGCUUUUGGAGGAACUUGAUCUUGGUUGGUGCCCUACCCUACAGAGUAGCACUGGAUGCUUUGCAAACCUUGCACGGAGACUACCAAACUUGCAAAAGCUUUUUCUUACAGCCAACAGGUCUGUGUGUGACACAGAUAUUGAAGAACUGGCUAAUAACUGCUCUCGUUUACGGCAACUAGAUAUAUUAGGGACAAGAAUGGUAAGCCCUGCAUCUUUAAGAAAAUUGCUGGAAUCUUGUAAAAGUCUUUCUUUACUUGAUGUGUCCUUCUGUUCACAGAUUGAUAAUAGAGUUGUUCUAGAAUUGAAUGCCAGUUUUCCUAAUGUGUUCAUUAAAAAAAGCUUCACUCAGUGACUCACCAGUCUAUGUGCUGCCAUGGAAUUAAUUUGACAUCAUGUGAUUGGUUUUGUUUGUUUGGGGGUAGAUAGAAAUGGACAUAUACUUUUUAAAAGGAAAGUAAGAAAUUACUCAAGGAGAAAGAUAAAAUCAUAUUUUCAUAAAAUAGGGGGCAUCUAUACAAGAAUGUAAUAUGAACAUGCUGGGGAAUUAAUAAUAAUUCUUAUUAUUCUGUAUCUAGUGAUUGUUUUACUCAUUAAUCACUGGUAAUGCACGUUUUAAUCAAUAGUUAUGAAUUCAACCUAAAAUAAUUUACUUCUAAUGUAAAAAUUUUAACCCAUAUGUAAAGGUACAUUUUGUGUAAUAAAGUACUGUGAUAUUUAUGUAAAAAAUAAAGUUAAUUUUCCA